AGUGUCAGGAACUGGUCGCGGUAUCAGUUUGCCUCUAGAUGUUCUCCAGUGAAGACUGGUUUUUAACCAUUUCUGUGUGUGCCGUACAAAUUUCUGUUUACAUCUUUGCCUCCUAAAGAGCCCCCCAAGAAAAGGUGCAUUAAUACUCUUGGAUUUUGCACCAGAAACACUCCACCAGAGAAGUACUUUCUUUUCCACAUCUCAGUAGAGUUGGUGAUUGAAAGCGCCCUCGUUGCUGGAGUGUUAUCGUGGUGUCUGGAGGAUUCGGUUGAAGUAGAGACACAAGAAUGGGACUGAACAAAGUGGAGAAGUGGAUUCCGGGAGCACGCUGGCUGCGUGGGUACACUGGUCAGGAUGCCGUGGCGGAUGUAAUUGCGGGCAUCACCGUGGGACUCACAGUGCUGCCACAGGGACUCGCUUAUGCUACGCUAGCUGGCCUGGAACCACAGUAUGGCCUAUACUCGGCCUUCAUGGGUGGGGUGGUGUAUGCACUUCUUGGUGGAUGUCGAGAAGUUACCAUUGGUCCCACAGCCCUAUUGUCCCUCAUGACAAGUCGUCACACGGGCCUAGGCGGUGAAUCAGGCCCACAUCUGGCGAUUCUGUUGUGUUUCCUCGCCGGAAUUGUAGAAUGUGUGAUGGGUCUCUUGCGCCUGGGCGCUCUUGUGGAUUUAAUCUCAACUCCAGUAACUGUAGGAUUCACUUCAGCCACCGCUGUGAUCAUCGGAGCAUCGCAGCUUAAGGGGCUUCUAGGGCUUAAGGGAGGUGGCGGAUCUGGAUUUAUCGCCACAGUUCAGACAGUCUUCACAAAAGCUGACCAAAUUAGGCCCUCAGAUGCAGCCCUCGGUAUCUGCUCCAUUGGAAUUCUCCUUCUGAUGAGGAAAUUAAAGGACUUCAAGACUCCUGACAAUGCUCCGAGAGGAAGAAGAAUCUUCGGUGGAACUCUCUGGCUGAUUGGUACCUCUAGAAAUGCUCUUUUGGUGUUUUUUACCAGUUUGGGAGCCUAUUUUGCAGCACAGUCUGGAAAGGCUCCCUUCAUACUCACAGGAACUGUGAGGAGUGGAUUGCCGGACUUUGGCCUGCCACCUUUCUCCACCACCAGGGCAGACACAAACGGAACAUUGGUGGAAAUGGACUUCAAAGAUAUGAUCUCUGAACUUGGCGCCUCAAUAGCUCUGGUGCCCAUAAUUGCAGUCCUGGGCAAUGUGGCCAUCUCCAAGGCGUUUGGAGGCAGUGGAAUUGAUGCCACGCGCGAACUCGUGGCUCUCUCGUUGAGCAAUGUUUUGGGCUCAUUUGUGUCCUCGAUGCCCGUAACUGGAUCCUUCUCACGCAGUGCCGUUAAUCAUGCCAGUGGAGUUCGAAGUCCCAUUGGUGGAGUUUACACUGGAGCCCUGGUUUUAUUGGCCCUGGGCCUUCUUACGCCCUACUUUCACUAUAUUCCCCGUGCAGCUCUCAGUGCUGUGAUCAUCUCUGCAGUGAUCUUUAUGAUUGAGUACGAGGUGAUUCGGCCACUGUGGCGUUGCAGCCGACGCGAACUUCUUCCUGGUGCCAUCACCUUCAUCCUUAGUCUCUGGGUUGGUGUGGAAAUUGGACUGUUGGCCGGUGUUGUGGCUGAUUUGGGUUUUCUGGUGUACAGAGCUGCUAGACCAGCGUUAAUUGUAGAACGAUCUGAGACAAUGAGUGGGGUGAAUUAUAUCCUGGUGAGGCCACGUUACAGUCUCCUAUAUUUCCCUGCCAUUGAAUGGGUACGCAGUGGAAUCUCUAAGGCGGUCAAGGAGCAUGGAAAAGCUCCAGUUGUGCUGGAUUGCAGAAAUUUACAUGAAUUUGACUUUACUGCAGCCAGAGGAUUGGGUGAUUUGCACAAGGAAUUGGCGGCAUCGUCGGUGAGUCUGGUGCUCCUGGGACCGCCAAAGGAAGUCACAACAGUACUCAAAGGUGCAAUAAAUACGACAAUUUCCGAAGCACCAAAUGAUGCUGAACUGGACAGGCUACUCCAGGACUUACUGUCGGAGCAUGCAAAGAAUGAGAUGAAGGAGAUUGUUGUGCCAUUGCUGAAUGGCAAUGAAAGAGCUGAGUCAGAUGAUAAAAGCCAAUGACGUCGUGUUCACAGAGUCUCAAAUGCACAUUUAAGAACUCUCUAAAAAAAAAAAACAAAAAGUGUAUAACAUUUCAUGCCGCUCUCCCCGUCACGAAGACUUCAAGUGUAUCUCUAUACAAAUUGAGUUUUUUUUUGUAUUAUUUAAUGUUACUGUACACGACAUGAGGCAUUCUUAUUGCAAUACGUUAUUGCUUAUCUGAAAAUACAAUGUCUUUUUGUAAAUAUUUCAUAGCAAAA